AUGGCGCAUGGCCGUGGCGUGGUGCAGUCGUCCACGUUCAACGCCAUCAGCAUGGCCACCAACGCCGUGGAUGGGAACGGUGACACCAACUGGGAACACGGGUCCUGCAGCCACACCAAGAGGGAGCCGGAGCCAUGGUGGCACCUGGAUCUGGGUCACCGACACGCCGUCUUCGCUGUCACCAUCACCAACCGCCACGAUUGCUGCUGGGAGAGUCUCCUCGGUGCUCAGGUCCACGUCGGUGACUCGCUGGCUGACCAUGGCAAGCGCAACCCCAUCUGUGGCACCAUCUUGGACACCGGUCCCGGUGCCACCAGCACCGUCUGCUGCAAUGGGCUGCUGGGUCGUUACGUCUCCAUCAUCAUCCCCGGCCGGGAGGAUUUCCUUGUCCUCUGCGAGGUGGAGGUGAUAACACAGAGCUGCGUCCCCCCGCCUGGUG